AUGGGGGAUAAUGUUACUGACUUCAUUAUCAACGUUCUAAAACAUACAAAUUUACAAAGACUAACCACUGAUAUAUUAUUGGCGGGAAAACCAAUUAUAGACAGUAUUAGGGGAAAGGAUUCUACGGUGUUCGAUUCCAUUGGAAAAUUAAGUGACGGUAUAUUUGAUGGACACUUGAACAUGGUUGGAUCAUAUGACGAGUGUACCAAUGUCCGCGCAUACAUUCCUAAAGGAGUUUUAAUAAGAUUGUUGACAGCAUUUGCCAUUCAGGUUAAUACAAAGAAAAUCGUUUCAGUAAACGCAGGAGACAACGCGAUAAACUGUGUUCAUGGAAUUCGUUUCCUUAGUAUAACAUGGAUUCUGCUGGGGCAUUCAUUGAAUUAUGGACUGGUUUCAUUACCUGGAAUAUGGACCAUAGCUAAUCCUUCGCAAAUAAAGGAGAUGAUGGAAAGUUUUACAUAUCAAGUCGUCUUAUCAAUACCUGUGGCUGUAGAUUCCUUUUUUAUGAUCAGUGGUAUGUUGGUUGUUUACAGUCAAAUGAAUAGUACAUCAAAAUUAAUGGAUAACUUCAGUUGUUCGAAGACAGCCGCUUUUGCUGGUAAAUACCUAUUCCACAGGUUUUGGAGGUUAACACCACUAUAUAUGAUUGCACUGAUGGUAUUAACCUGUUUGUUGAAGUAUUUUGGUGAUGGUCCAUUUUGGCCUUCAGUUAUACCAUUAGCAGAUAAUUGUAGAACAAACUGGUGGACGAAUCUGCUGUACAUCAACAAUUUCCUACCUGCCUCUAAACAGUGUAUGUCAUGGUCUUGGUUUUUGUCAGAUGAUAUGCAAUUUUAUGUUAUUACACUUUUCGUCCUGAUAUUUUUGGCAGUAUCAAUUAAAAUCGGUCUCGUUCUGAUAUCUUUGAUGAUGCUUGGAGGGAUUUCUGCAGCAGCUUAUUCUGAGCAUACGUAUAAAGGAGAUCUUUUACAUGGUAAAGGAGAUCAUGAUGUGUAUUGGACCAAUGUUUACACGCCACCAUGGUGUCGGAUAUCUGCGUAUUGUGUUGGGAUGAUUCUCGGAAUCAUAAUGAAAAAACGACCAAGGAAACAAUUGCACUGGAUACAGACGGUCAUUGGGUGGACAUUGGCAAUUGCUGGUGGAUUAUUUGUGGUUUAUAUACCUUAUUCAGAACAUAGGAAAGGGGGUACACAAUGGUCAUUAGACAUGAGAACUGCAUACGAGUCUUUAGGGAGACCGUUGUGGGCAUCAUGCGUUGCUUGGGUUCUGUUUGCCUGUCACAACGGUAAUGGCGGUGUAGUCAACAAGAUUUUGUCCUGGCGUGGACUAGUUCCUCUCUCCAGACUGUCGUAUGCUGUGUAUCUGAUACAUCCAAUCGUCAUGAUGACAUAUUUCUUCUCCAGGAGGACACUUUUCUAUAUAAAUGAUUUCAAAGUGGUUUAUCUGUACAUCGGACAUACUGUUGUUACUUUCAUGGUGGCAUUUGUGGCAUCGAUAGCAUUUGAGGGUCCCUUCCUAGCAUUAGAGAAAAUUAUGACGGGGCGAUAACAUCAGUCUGAAAUAUAGAUAAAUAUACAGACUACAGUAAGACGACACAUUGCAUAUACAAAAUUGGAUGGAUAGCUACAUUUAUAUAUUAUUGAAAUAUAUACCAUUAUUGUCACCUGCUUACAAAUUAUUCUAUUUUUUUUUUCUUGUUUUGAUUUUGUUUUUCUCUAGUUUUAUAUGAAUAUUUACUUCGAAAUAACAUCAUAUUUUGGAAUAAUGAGAUAUAUUCAGAAAUUUUAAUUGUGUAUUUUGACAAUAGAAAAGAAUUCAGAAAACGCACGAGGUGAAAACAAGCAAAAUGUGGCAAAAAUUACUGAUCUUCGAAUAUUUCUGUGAUCAAUUAGAAAUAUUUAUAUCAAGGUAACAUCCAAGUAUUUACAUUUCAUUUUUUUUCUUUAAUGUCUCUUCUUGAAAUGUCUGUAUUGUAAUGAUGACUGUUAUACAUGGUGAUAGGAGGUGUUGAGGUCAUUGUUUGCAAGGAACAGUGCUUUUGAUACUUUUCCGACAUGUUACUCAACAACUAAAGAAAGAGCUCACUCGUUUCAGUCAAGUUAAGACGAUCUUUCGGCACUAUUUGAUGUUAUUCGACAACCGCUACUUAGUCUGGAACGUCUUCAACACUCAUCAGUUAUAAAUAAAUUACACCUUAAAGGGGUGAAAUCCUCUCUACAAAUUCUAUCAUACAUUAUCAGAAAAAGCAGAGCAAGUAUUACCGACAGUAAACAAAACUUUUUAUAUUCCUUAAGUUGGACAUGCCAAUAAAGAACCUUAGCAUUUGAAACACACUAAAAUAGUCCAUGCUUUAACUGAAUAUUUCAGAUAAAAAUAUUAAUUCACUUUAGUUUGAGAAAGGAAAUAAAACCAUUGAUGCCAAAUGUACUUUUAUUUAUAUAAUGUUAUCUAAUUUUUUAAAGUAUAUGUCCAAGAGCUUUUUUUCAAACUAGAUGUUGUGCAAAUUUCACGUUUUUAAUAAUGUACAUUGUUAAAGCACGAUUUGGACACAAGGAAAGACAACACAAGGACACAGUUUAAAUAAAAUACAAGAAAAUAGCUCUUAUUAACGUCUUUCCUCUCGUUCAAAACAAAUAAAGAAGAUAAUCAGGUCAACAUACCCUUUAAUUUAUUUAAUUCCUUUUCUGCAUUAAGGAAAAGAUCCACAUACAUUUAAAUAAUACCUAACUGGAGAAAAAUACACAGACUGUAAUAGUUACAAUACCAACAGUGUUGUGACUAUUUAAACAAGUUCAGACAUACACUCAAAAAAAUAAUUAUAGCAAAUGAAACUGACACUUAAUGUGUUCGGUUUUAUAUUCUACAAUGAAAAUCAAGUGACAAAUAUAGUGCUUUACAAUUCACAUUUUCAACCUGGUUUGAUCAAUAACAUCACUAUAAAAGUAUCUCAACAAAUCUGAAAUACGGAAACUGUUCCAUCCAUUGGUAAAUAGCCGUUCUCAUAAGAUCGCGACAAGUACAAAUGUAGGGGAUUUGGAACUUGAGCCAUUUGCCUUCUUUUACGUAUAAACAUUUAUAGAUUAUAUUCAUACAUAAGAUGUUUGUUAUUAUUAGCUAAUAUUAAAAAUGAAAUGAA